AUGUAUUUGGUCACUGUUUUUGGAAACCUUGGCAUUAUAGUGCUUAUACUAACAAAUGACCAUCUUCAGAGCCCCAUGUACUUCUUCCUCCUCAACCUAGCAUUCAUUGAUUUUUGGUAUUCCUCAGCUAUUACACCUAAAAUGCUGGCUGACUUGAUCUCAGCUGAAAAGAGUAUAUCUUACCUGGGAUGUGCUUGCCAAAUGUACUUCUUUAUUGCUCUUGGGAGCACCGAAAGUUUUCUUCUUGCUGCAAUGGCGAUUGAUCGCUAUGCAGCAAUAUGUAACCCACUUCACUAUCUAAGAAUUAUGACUAAGGAAAAAUGCCUUAAGUUAUUGAGUGGUUCUUACUUUGGUGGCUUUCUACAUUCUUUAAUACAGACAUGCAACAUAUUUCGCCUUUCAUUUUGUGGCUCUCACCAAAUUGAUCACUUUCUUUGUGAUAUUCCACCUUUACUAAAGCUCUCCUGUAUGGAUACAUCUACAAAUGAAUUUAUUCUGUCAAUAUUUGCAUCCAUUGUAGCAGUUAGCUCUGUUAUUAUCAUAGUUAUCUCUUAUACUUCUAUUUUACGUGCUGUUUUUAGAAGUCGUUCUUCACAAGGAAGACACAGAGCAUUCUCCACUUGUGGAUCUCAUUUCAUUUGUGUCAUACUUUUCUACAGUACAAUCCUAUUUACAUAUUUAAGACCAAGCUCAAUAUAUUCUUUACAACAAGACAAGAUUAUCUCAGUAGUGUAUACAUUGGUUAUACCAAUGCUGAACCCUCUAAUUUACAGUUUGCGAAAUCGAGAAAUGAAACUUGCUCUGAAAAAUUUUAAAAAGGUUUUUAGUUUUAUCCUAGGGUGUGUGAAAGAAGAAACAAGUUAUACUGGUUGUUUUUAUAAAUUUAGUUUCAAGUGA